AUCAAGAAAGUGCGCGCAAUCCUCACUGCUUGAUUGGCGACGGUGGCCGAGAUCUACGCGCCGCGUUGCAUAUUUGCCGAAGGAUUUCUGCAGUUGAACCUCAUCACCAUCAUCAAAUCCGUAUUGAUUCCAUACAUCCAAGUGACAGGCCAUAGGAUCGCUGCUUCCAUAUUUAAAUGAUUCUUUCUGGUUUUCAAGGCUGUUGCAGUCUUCAAAACCCAAUGAUCAAUUCUACGAGUCCCACCCAAGACUGUCACUAGGUCCUGUUCACUCGCCGACCCUCUUCAAUCAUCUUCUAAAAUCGCCAUCAUGUUCAGCUCACCGAGUUCAGAGAAAAUGGUGAUGCCCGCGACACCUCGCAAGAAGGUAGAAACUCCCACGAAGCGGGCCGUGGGCAUGUUCAAGGACACCUGGCGCAAGAUCGUCAAGACUCCAAAACAGGCAGUCACCCGUCUCACCAUGUCCUCACCUCCUCCAGUUCUGCGCAGACCGGCCAUACCUUGCCUGGAUCGAACGAAGCUCAAUGAUGUGACCGAUGAAAUUGAUCUUUCCAUCAUCCCCUCUCAUGGAAAUUCCUCUUUUACAAAUUCCUCGCCCACCAUUCAAGACUCCGACUGGCGCCGCUUUGAGUACACUGGUCUUGCCAGCAGCCCAUCUACCUUCCUUGGCCACCACAGUGUUUCAUCAGCGUCAGGAAAGAUUAGGGCAGUAGCUGCCAGCAUGGGUACCAUGGAUGAGAUACCCUUCGAGCUGCUUGACCGAAGGGACAUCCUGGGCAGCGCCAGUGACCUCAUCAUCGGCAACGACAGCGAGCUCGAGAUCAUCUCUGACUACUACGGUUCUCCUAAGCAACCGUCCCCUAUUAACAGUGAGCGAGCCGAUAAGAUGCCCGAGGGCAUGUCUGCUAUCCGUGUGCGGAGUGCUAGUGAACCUCCGCAGCGAACGACGGCCACUGAAGAUGAGCUCUGCCAGAUGCUGAGCGACGUCAAGAUGAGAGAUGUAAAUCUCGUCACUGAGCCGAAUCCCGAAGCUGAGCAUGACGAUAGGUGGUCAUUCGUUUCGGUGUGCAACAGCACAGAGUACGACCUGAAACACAAUCCUGAUGUUGAGAUGCCCGCCAACAAGCGACGCAAAAUUGCUGGAGAGGCUACCGAGAUGGAUGAACAGGCCGAAACCCCCAGUCCUCGAGACCACCCUCGCUACUCGGGCAUCUAUAGCCUCGACCCCACGCCCAACCGACGCAUCUCCUUCUACCUCCCCCAUGGCCCCGCUGUCGUGAUGCCCUCUUCACCCCAGGGAACGGAGUGAAUGGGGAGCAGAAGCAAUUCUCCUGUAUGGGGACUAAUCGUGUAUGAUUCAUCGCCUUAUGGUUGAGACUUUGGAUGAAGUGAACAAAUGACAAAAUUUUGGUCUAUUCACCAAGUCUAUGACUGAGCAUGACGACUUUUUCUCUCACUUUCCGGUUUUUCAUAUAUCAGGGAGCUCACAC